AUGCACAACACAUGGCCACAGGUUGGACCUGGGAUAUGCCCUCUCUAUUCCUGUCAGGGGGCUGAGUCGGAGCUCUACGCGUCCCUCCCUCCGCCUGACCGCGUGCGCAUUUUGAAAGCUCUCUGCGAGAUUCGGCUGGAUCAAGAGGACACGCGUGUGGUGGUAGAGGCGGCCAUGAAGAGGAAUCCCGAGGAGAUUCGCAUGGAGCCGUUUGGGGUAGACACCAACAACCAUGUGUUCUGGUUCUGCAACGAUGCUGCUGAAGCUGUCACUGAAGUUAUUCAACCACCUGUCACAACCUCUGAUGAUCACACAGACGCUGCUGUUGCUGCAGAGGCGGUGGCUUUUGAGGCGCCUCAAAAGGCUGAAGCUGUCACUGAAGUUAUUCAACCACCUGUCACAACCUCUGAUGAUCACACAGACGCUGCUGUUGCUGCAGAGGCGGUGGCAGCGAUGGUGGAAGGAGCAAAUGCGGCGGCUGGAAGAGUUGAAACAGAAGCUGCUGAGCCUACUCAACUGACCACAACCUCUAAUGAUCACACAGACGCCAUUGUUGCUGCAGAGGCGGUGGCAGCGAUGGUGGAAGGAGCAAAGGCGGUGGCUGGGAAAGUUGAAACAGACGCUGCAGUUCUCAUGUCUCGUGCGUCGAGAGGUGAAGAAGUGGCAAGGGCAGCAGAGGCAGGAGAGGUGGCAGAGGUAGCAGAGGUAGCAGGGGCAGAAAAGGCAGCAGAUGGAGAAAAUGCAGCAGGUGCAGAAAAGGCAGCAGGGGCAGAAAAGGCUGCAGAUGCAGAAAAGGCUGCAGAUGCAGAAAAGGCUGCAGAUGCAGAAACGGCUGCAGAUGCAGAAAAGGCUGCAGGGGCAGCGAGAGCAGAUGUUGCAAGAGUGUCAGCUGGUGCUGAAGCUGAUGUGCCUGCCACUCAGCCUGCUACUAGCACUGAUGUUACCAGAGCUGCUGCUACUGCUGCUGCUGCUGCUUCUGAUGGUGCAGUGGCUGCUGAUGGUGCUGGUGCUGCUGCUGCUGCUGCUAGUGCUACGGCUGCUGAUGGUGGGGCCGCUGCUGAUGGUGAUGAUGAAUCAGCGGCCAAGGAGGCCCCAUCUGGCAAAGCCGGAGCAUCUGAGCCGUCCGUUAGCCCAACGCCAGCAUCUGAUCCCCUACAGUCUGAGCCACCAUUCAAUCCCACUAGUGAAGCCUCUAAGGCUGACAGUGUUACAGCGAUCAGUGUGGUAACCAGAUUGGAUGAUGUGAAGGCGCGUGCAACUGGGGUUGACUUGAUACUAAAGUCGCCACUCGGGAGUCCCAAUAGUAUGGAGUUUUCACAAGGUAAAAUUAAGGAGUUAUUACGAGGAAAUGGUAAAGAGUUGCAAGGUGAUAUGGAUUCAGUGAGUGGGCUAGCUGCUAUCGGUGGAUUGAAGGCUUUAGUCGGGGUGAAGGCUGAGGAGGAGGGGGGAGUGAAGCGGAGAGGAGGAGAGGAGAGUAGGGUGGGAGCAAAGGAGGGAGGGGUGAAAGAGGAGGAGGAUGGGGAGGGAAUGGGGAGAGGAGAAGAGGAUAAGGUGCUUGUGAGGAGAGGGGCUGGAGCGAAGGAGAAUGAGAGGGUUUACAGGAGGCGAGGUGGCAGGGAGGCGGGUAGGAAGGAUUGUGAGCGUGGGAAAGGGGGCAAGGGGGAGGUGAAAGGGGAAGAAGAGAGCAAUAGAGGUGGCGUUGGUGUGGUGAGUGAAGAGCAUGGAAGAUACGAGGGAGAAGAAGAGGAGGAGGUGAAGGAGGUGAAGGAGGGAGAGGAGGAGAAGAAGGAGGAGGAAGAGGAGGAGAAGAAGGAGGAGGAAGAGGAGAAGGAUGCUGCUGUGAUUGACUUAACUGACUCAGAUCCCUGCAUCCCUGCUCAAGGCAGCUCAGCUGAACCUGCUCAAGACCCCUCAGUCACCGCCGCUGCUGGAAAGGACUCGGUUGUUGCUGGUAAGGCAGACUCUGCUGCCAAGGCAGAUUCGAGCGCCCAUCCUACUCGGCAUGGCAUGAGCACGCGAACCAGGUCAGGCAGUCUCCGCCCUCCUUCCGCCUCCAAACCUGCUCCCAAGCCUGCUGCCAAACCUGCUCCCAAGCCUGCUGCCAAACCUGCUGCCAAGCCUGCUCCCAAGGGCACUCCCACCAAGGGUGGCAGCAAGAAGGGGAGAGGAGCCGAUGCUGCUUCUGCUGCUGGAGGGGAGGGGAGGAGGAAGGCAAAGAAGACGGCCAAGCCAGUUUUCCUGCCACCUGUGUGUGGCGAGUUCGUCACUGCUGCUGUGUGUCUCACAGACUUUACUGCUCUCGCGGUGAGUCACUUCACUCUGAGGAGAUCCCUUUUCAAGGACCUCAAUAUUGGCCCGGCUGGUGUUCCUGCCACCUGUGUGUGGCGAGUUCGCCACUGCUGCUGUGUGUCUCACAGACUUUACUGCUCUCGCGACUUUACUGCUCUCGCGGUGAGUCACUUCACUCUGAGGAGAUCCCUUUUCAAGGACCUCAAUAUUGGCCCGGCUGGUGUUCCUGCCACCUACUUCACUGCUCUCGCGGACGACCUCAGCGCCAGUGUGCAUAACGCGGAUCAGCUUAUAGCGGAUCGCUUGGCAGAGGAGGUCAUUCCUAAAGUGGAGCUAGAAGAGAAGCGCAAGGAGCGGCAUGCAAAGAGGCAGCAGUGGCAGGCAGCACAGCAGGCAGUAGCCAUGGCACAGCACAAGGAGCGGCAUGCGAAGAGGCAGCAGAGGCAAGAGGCGCAGCUGGCAGCGCAGCUAGCAGCUAAGUUUGUACCCGAAACCCUCUCUCUUCACUUCCGUUCACCCCUCUUCUGUACCCCCACCAGCGCAAGGAGCGACAUGCAAAGAGGCAGCAGAGGCAGGCGGCGCAGCUGGCAGCUACUGUUGAACCCAACUUCUGCUAUCUCCCAUGUUCUUCUCGUUUCUUUCUCCUCUUAUUUCUCCUAUCAACAGCGCAAGGAGCGGCAUGCGAAGAGGCAGCAGAGGCAGGCGGCACAGCUGGCAGCGCAGCUAGCAGCAGCGAUGGCAGCAGCAGGGCAGUACGCUGGGGGGUACGGAGAGGGGCUGGCUCUGGGUCGAUCCAGACGGGAGAGAAAGCCAGUGACCUACACCUUCGGUGCGCGCAUCUUGCAUUGCUGUGUUGGGUUUGGGGAGGGGACUUUUGAGUCGACUCAAAACGAGGGGGGUCCUGGGAGGGCCUGGCUCUGGCUGGGCUGGGAUCCUUUCACCUACACCUUGGGUGGGUCCCUCCAUCCCCGUCCAUCCCUGUCAGUGACGGUGCCACCCAUCAUUGUCACACCACCUGCCAAAUCUCAUCAGUUGAUUCAAGUUACGAGGCGCCUCAAAGACGAUUUCGAUCGUUCUAUCAACGAUGCCAUCACGCUACCUUCCAAAUCCCGUGAGCUUCCCCCCGAGCACGCCCCCACUCGCGAGGGCCUCCGACAGCUGGCAGGGCGGCGUGUUUUGUCUGCUAGCGGCGAUGCGGUUGGUAGUGGUGUUGGGGGGGAUGGAGGAGGGGAAGGGGGUGUGGGAGGAGGGAGGGGAGGAGAGGAGGAGGAGGGAGAGAGAGAAAGGGGAGGAAGCAAAGGAGGAGGAGAAGAAGGGGAAAAGGCAGGAGGAAGAGAAGGGAAAGAAGAAGAGGGAGGAGAAAGAGGAGAAGAGGAGGAUGGUUUGAGAGUAGGCUCUUCUGGGGAAGGUUUAUAUGGGGAAGGAGAGAUGGAAGAGAAGGGGGGUGAGAGCGAUGGUAAGGAGCGUGAUAGUAAUGAUGGUGAUAGUAGUGAUGGUGAUUGGAACGAGAGUGGUGAUAAUACAGGGGAUGGGAGUGAUGGUAAUGAGAAUGGGGGGGCACGGAAAGUGAGGAGGAAGGAAGGAGGAGAGGAGGGAAGGGGGCAGGGAGAAGGAGGGGGGGAGGAAGAGGAGUAUGAUGAGGUGGAGAAUGGGCGGGAGAUUGGAGGAGAAGUGGAAGAAGAGGAGGAAGAGGGCAGGAGGAGCAGGUUGAGAGGGGAGAGAAGAGAGGGUGGUUCAGGGAACAAAGAGGGGUCGGAAGAGAGGGAAAGAAAAGAGGGUAGAGCGGGGAAGAGGGGAAGAGAAGGGGUGGAGAAGAAGGAUGGAAAUGAGCAGGGGCUGAGGAAAAGACGAUUGAGGGAGGGGCGGGAAGAGGAGGAUGGGGCAAUGGAUGAGUGUUUGAAGGGAUCAGGAGGGGAGGGAAGGAAGCGGCGAAAAGGAGGCUAUGUGGGUGAUUAUAACGAGGAUGGAGUGUUGGGGAAAGAUGAGGGCGAAGGGGGGGGGCAAGAGGAAGGGGAAAGGGAAGAAGUGGAAAGUGAGGAACAGAAGGUGAAGAGAGAGGAAGAGAGGGAAGAGAGGACGGCGGAUGAGGCAGAGGAGGGUGAUGAGGACGAAGGGGAAAGGAAGGAAGAGUAUGGGCUUGAGAAGAAGAAGCAGGAAGAGGAUGGUGGUGAUGAUGAAGAAGCUUAUAACGAGGAUGGUCAAAGAGAGCCGAGGAAGGGAGAAGCGACGGGAGGAGGGAAGGGAGUGAGAGUGGGGACGAGCGUGAGGAAGAAAAUGGAGGAGGGAGUGGAUGGGGGAGUGGAUGGGGGUGGGGGAAGAAGAAGGAAGGAGAAGAGAAGAAAGCCUGAAGCUGCAUUGAGGAGGCCAGCCGAUGUGACUGGAUUAGAGGCAGAGGAAGGGGAGGGAAGGAGAAGGCUCAGGAGAAAAGGCGGUGGCUUGGUGGCUUUUGAGUCGACUCAAAAGCCAUCUGAUGUGACUGGCUUAGAGGCAGAGGAACGGGAUGGAAGGAGGAGGCUCAGGAGAAAAGGCGGUGGCGUGGUGGGAGGGGAAUUGGGGGGGAAUGAGGGGAUGCAGGAAGGGGGUGGUGGAGUGAGGGCAAGGACUAGAUGGGGAGGAAAGCGGCCUGAUGGUGUGUCGUUUAAAGAGGAGGAGAGUGGGGAGGAGGGGAUUGGGAAGGAGGGGAGGGGUGUGGAGGAAGGAGGGAGGAGUGGGGAAGAGGAGUGGAGUGCAGAGGAGGCAGAGGCGAAGGAGGAGGAAGGGGAGGAGGAGGGGAGCAGGAAGGGGUUGAGAGAGGUUAAGAGGGAUACCUGUGGAAGUUCGCAAAGGAAGGAGGGGAGGGAGGGAAGGGAGGGUAGGGAGGGGAGAGAGGGGAGGGAGGGGAGGGAAGGGAGGGAGGGGAGGGAGAAGAAGCAGAAGAAGGAGAAGAAAGAGGGGAAGGAGGGGAAGCCUGAAGGCGUGCAUGCAGCAAACGGGCGAGGAGGAACGCUGCGGGACAAGGCUGACAGAGUGAAGCCUGUCUUGGCCUCGGAUAUCCAGCCCUUGCGGUUGCUCAGGCACCGGCCGAAGAAAAAGCGGAGCUAUGUUGAUAUCUUGGAGGAGGAAGUGGAGGAUGAGAGGCAGGAGGAAGGGGUUGGGGAAGGAGGUAUGGAGGAAGGGAACGGGCAGGGGAAUGGAGAGCCUGGGCAGGUGAAAGCAGAGGGAGGGCAGGUGAAAGAAGUGUCAGGGCAGGAAUUAGCAAACGCUGACAAGAGGGAGAUACCAGGGGUGAAGGAGCAUUCAGAGAGGCUAGUAGGAGGAGAGGAAAGAGAAGGGGGGACUGAAAAGAGAGAGGAGGAAAACGGGGUGGAGGACGAGGAGGAGGAUGAAGAGGAGGAAGAGGAGGAAGAGGAGGAAGAGGAGGACGAAGAGGAGUAUGUGGGUGUGCAAGUGGGGGAGGGAGUAAGAGAGGUUGAGGUGGGUGGAGAAGGUUUGAGUGUGGUUGAGGGCGGUAGAGAUGGAGUGAGUAGGGCUGAGGGUGGUAAAGAGGGGGCUGAGGCUGGAGAGAGGGGAGAGAGGAGGGAAAUGGGGAGAGGGGAGGAUCUAGGCAGUCCCACAGACAACAGUGGGAGUCCCAAGUGGGCGGGCGUGAGGAGGAGAAGGACUCAGCAUGCAGACACUCAUGCUGACAGUCAGAAGCACGUUUUGGACCCGUCACAAAAUUGA